UUUAUGACCCUGGUGUUCCUUGUUUUGCUUGAGAUUUAAAAAUAUUUUUCCCAAAAGAAUGACAUGUGAACUUCUCAUAAUGCAUAACUCACUCGUUCCCUAUUUCAAUGAUUGACUCUCUUUCUCUUUUUUUCUCUCUCUCUCUUUAUGAGCUGCUGACAGCCACCUGACUGAACAAACUGUGAGUCAUAAAUGUAGUCAGCUAUAUAAGAGUGCCUAUUUGACACAGCUCUGCAUUACCUACAGGUAGUUUAACCUCAACCUUCACAGCAUACACCGACAGACGCAGGAUGAAGCUGCUGCUGGUUGCUGCUACUGUUCUGGCUGCGGCCAGCUGUGCCACCAUCUCUCUGGAGGACCUGGAGUUCCACGCCUGGAAACUCAAGUUUGGAAGGACCUACAGCUCUCCGUCAGAGGAGGCUCAUCGCAGGCAAAUCUGGCUCAACAACCGCAAACUGGUGCUGGUGCACAACAUCAUGGCUGAUGAGGGCAUCAAGUCCUACCGUCUUGGUAUGACCUUCUUUGCUGACAUGGAAAACGAAGAGUACAAACGUCUGAUUUCCCAGGGCUGUCUGGGCACCUUCAACGCCUCUCUGCCUCGCAGAGGCUCUGCCUUCCUCAGGCUGCCUGAGGGAGCUGAUCUGCCCGUAUCUGUUGACUGGAGGGACAAGGGAUACGUCACUGACGUCAAGGAUCAGAAGGAGUGCGGCUCCUGCUGGGCCUUCAGUGCAACUGGCUCGCUGGAGGGUCAGAACUUCAGGAAGAUAGGGAAGCUGGUGUCUCUUAGCGAGCAGCAGUUGGUUGAUUGCUCUGGUGACUAUGGCAACAUGGGCUGUGGUGGAGGCCUGAUGGACAAUGCCUUCAAGUACAUCAUACAAAGCGGAGGAAUAGACACAGAGGACUCCUACCCUUAUGAGGCAGAGGAUGGAGAGUGCCGAUACAACCCUGCCACUAUUGGUGCCAAAUGCACAGGCUUCACUGAUGUGACACAGGGUGAUGAAGACGCCCUGCAGGAGGCUGUGGCCACCGUUGGACCUGUGUCAGUUGCCAUUGAUGCUUCUCAUGCAUCCUUCCAGCUCUAUGAAUCAGGAGUGUAUGAUGAGCCAGACUGCAGCAGCUUAGAGUUGGACCAUGGUGUACUGGCUGUAGGUUACGGCACUGAAAACGGAAAUGACUACUGGCUGGUCAAGAACAGCUGGGGUCUAGGUUGGGGAGACAAGGGAUACGUCAAGAUGACCAGGAACAAACACAACCAGUGCGGCAUUGCUACUGCAGCCAGCUACCCCCUGGUCUGAACAAGUAGCAAGAAACUUAAAAGUCCUCCUUCCUCCUUCUGUCUGACCAUGGAAAUGCUAUUUCAACAAGUUUAACUUUAGGGUGUCUGCACAGAUUUACCUUAACCUGCCAGUGAUGUUUAUUGGAUGUACAGGUCUAGGACUUUUCUCAGGGAGCAGGAGAACAGUGACACUUAAUUUACUUUAAUUUCAUAAAAGUUAUGGUAAAAAAAAGUCCUUUUGUUGUUAUUUGGAAGUUGGUAGCUGUGAUGCACUUUUAAUAGAAUUUUGUAU